UAUUUUUUACAAGUCUGAUGAUUCAUUAUCUGCUAUAUAAGGCAGUGUUAGUUCUAGAGGCUGAGACACCCCAGGGAAAACAAGACAAGAGAAACUGCAGUCUCUAGAGAUGAAACUCAAGAGUGUUACAUGUUUGAUUCUUUCUUUAAUUUUGCUUCAUUUGGGUGUGGAAUUUGUUCUUGGGGAUGGAUCUGUGGUUGAUCCUGCGAGGUAUAGAGGCGAUGAUUGUAGGUGGCGCCGGAGGUGUGGUGGACGUGGCCGAUUUGGACGUGGUGGCGGUCUAGGAGGCGGAGGUGGUGGAGGUUUCGGAGGAGGUGGAGGUAGAGGUGGUGGUGGCGAUAUUGGCGGUGGUGCAGGACACGGUGGAGGUUUUGGAGCCGGAGGUGGAGUUGGCGGAGGAGCAGGAGGAGGAAUUGGUGGUGGAGGUGGAGCUGGUGGCGGAGGAGGAGGAGGUAUUGGUGGUGGCUCAGGUCAUGGUGGAGGAUUUGGAGCGGGAGGAGGAGUUGGUGGAGGAGCUGGUGGUGGAAUUGGUGGUGGAGGUGGAGCUGGUGGAGGUGGAGGAGGAGGUAUUGGUGGUGGCUCAGGUCAUGGCGGAGGAUUUGGAGCUGGAGGAGGAGUUGGUGGAGGAGCCGGUGGAGGAGUCGGUGGUGGAGGUGGAGCUGGUGGCGGUGGAGGCGGUGGUGUUGGUGGAGGAUCCGGACACGGUGGAGGAUUCGGAGCCGGAGGAGGAGUUGGGGGUGGAGGACUUGGUGGAGGAGGUGGAGGCGGUGGUGGUGGUGGUGGUGGUGGUUCUGGUGGUGGAUCAGGUCACGGUGGUGGUUUUGGAGCUGGAGGAGGAGUCGGUGGUGGAGCCGGAGGAGGUGUUGGAGGAGGCAGUGGAUUUGGUGGAGGUGGAGGAGGCGGUGGAGGUGGAUCUGGACAUGGUAGUGGAUUUGGUGCUGGAGGAGGCGUUGGACACGGUGGUGGUGCUGGUGGUGGCGCAGGUGGAGGUCAUGGGAUAGGACACGGUGGAGGAGGAGGCUUUGGGAUUGGAAUAGGAAUAGGUGUUGGUGUUGGUGGAGGCUCCGGAAAAGGGUCUGGAAGCGGAAGUGGUGGUGGCGGUCACCGUUAAUCAGAGCAUUCAAAAUCUCACGUUUUAGUACUACUAUGUACCUGUGAUCCUACUUCUCUUGUCAUGCUUAAAAGCAGAAAAAUGUAUGAUAUCAUUUGUAUGAUACAAAUCAUUGUUCAUUUCAGGACGUGUGUGUUUCUUCUAUUUUUGUGUAAGAAUGUUUUUGGGAAAUUCCAAUAAGAAAAUAUUGAAUA